AUGGCCCGUCGACGGGACUCAGUAGUUCCGUCUCCAAUCGUCAGUGACGACAGUGACGAAUUUAUGAUGGACACCGACAGUGAUGUCGAUUCCGAUGCCAGCGGCGAAACAGACAUCACAACCCCCAUUCAUCAUGGUGACAGGAAGAAGGAGAAGGAGAAGGAGGAGGAGGAGGAGGAGGAGGAGGAGGAGGAGGAGGAGGAGGAAGAAGAGGAAGAGAAAGAAGAUGAGCAGCAGGAUAUCGAUGAUCUGGCGGAACUCUUGACAGAGAAUAAUCAUUCACCAGAGCAUUACCUUAACAUGAUGCAGACUAUAGACUUGUCUCGCACAGAGUGUGUCAACUAUGCUAUUGGGACGCUUGCUCUGCAGGAUCGUAUUAGACAGGAAUGGUUGAGUUAUUGCAAGUUUCUCAAGUCAGAUGCAAAGGCGAUGUAUCAACAGCUUGACUAUCGUGUUCUCUACACCUUCUUUGAUUGGAUGCUGAAUCAACGCCGGGGAAAGAACGGGAGACGCCGGCAAGGUAUAAAACGCAAGAGCGCCCUGAACACAUAUUGGAAGAACUUCCGUACCGUAUAUGAGCUGGAGAUGCAUGAAAAAAUCGACAAGGACACAUCUAGGCACAUAGUCAAAAUUGGUAUACCAGUUCUCGUGAAAAAAUAUCGACUCUCCAAUAAACCCCGGCCAAAGACCACUGUCUACCUUGAUGAUCUGAUCAGGGUCGUGGAGACGACUGUCACAACCACAAAAAAGAAGUUCGGUCACGGGCGGCUACGGAUUUCACUUAUUCUAUAUUUCCAGCUCGCCGGGUUCUCGGCCAAUCGACCACAAGCAUUGCUGAGUCUGUGCUAUCGACACAUCCAGGUAACACUAAUAAAAGACCCAGAAGGUGGGCCCAAUAAUAUCCUGAUCGAGUUUACCACCGAAUUCACCAAACAAUUUCUUGGAGAAAAGGAAGAGACCGAGUUCGUGAUACCGGAGAUCAUCUUCGAUCCAUCGCUCAUCCUCAGUCCCCAAGUUAUCCUUUUAGGCCUCCUGUUUGCUGAUGGUGCAUUCGCUCGCCUCGAUGGUGAGAGGAUCCUUACUUCAGCAUCGCAACUGCUUGAUCUAGAUAUCCCAGAAGAUACUUAUCAGCUUGAAUUCAACUUGGACCCAGGACUGAGCGACAUCCCGAUACUGCGGAGAUCUGAGCGGACGCUGGAUGGAAUCAGAAUAUCUGAUGUAGAGGCCCUCACCUACAAUAUUCUCUUACCCUGGAUCAAAUGUAUAGGAAAAAUAUCGACAAUACGCCAGAUCGUCCGCCCUUAUAGCUUGCGAUACGGUGCAGGGAAGGCCCUGGACAAUAGCGGGCACAUCAGUGAUGCGGUUCGAAGUUUGAUCUUCCAGCAUUCCGAUCCUAAAACGUUUCUUAAAUACUAUCUCCACCGAAAGGUGGACAAGGAUGUUCGUGCGGUCGUUCAAGGCCUAGAUCCGCAGAAACAAAUCAUACGUGCCGCAUGUCGAAUGAUCCGCACCGUCAACCAUAACCGACCGCAGGAGCUCACCACCGAAGAGUCAUCGUCGGUCAACCAACAACCUCACAUCAAGGAAUUGAUCGAGAAACGCGACCAUCUCAGUAAGCGUCUCGGACGUCCCAUUGCCAGACACAAGGGCACUGUCAAAUAUGAGCUUUACACCAGGGUCAGCCGUGAAUUGGCAGGUGCACGCCAGCGGGCUCGAGACAAGCUCCUACUCGAGAAACAGGAAAAGUUUGACUUUGAGGAGCCCCUGCGCGAGAUCAAGCGACAGCUGUCGGGCAUCAAGAUCUCAAGGAAGGUCGAAAAAUCUCUUGAUGCCAAUACGGCAGUGCCACCGGUACAUCGACGACUCAUAUCGGCGCUCCUUAGCCUACCCCGCGAGACCCUGCAAGAUGAAAUGCUUCGGCGUACUGAGGCGAUCGACGCUGUUAUAGACUACUGUCGCUUCGAGGAAGGGGAAACCUGCCGGCUGCCGCAUGACAAGCGCCCUGGUCCCAAAGUAUUCCAGGAGGUGAAGAUCGAGAUCCAUGUCCCACCACCGCCACCGCCACCACCAAGCGAGAGGGAUAUUGCCCUCAAGGCGGUGAUGGAGGACCAUCGACCGCUGUACUGCUUUAUCUGUCUGGACAAAUUCACUACACAUGGGGGAGUGUCCAAACAUAUCAGAAGAAAGCACCUUCAACAUAUCAAACCUGAUGACACGAUAUCCUGCAGGCGGUGUGAUAUUACCCUAGACCACAAAAUGCACCUUCAGAGUCAUGCGUUCUCCGUUCAUCAGACCGUUACCUAA